ACAAUCCGAAGAGGUCAUGGAGUUUCCACCGUUACUAGUGCGAGACAUCCCUGUAAUCAAGUCCCAGAUGAUGUUCCGAUUAUUUGAUAACCUGACUAAGGUAAUCAAGAGCUCUUCCGGGGUCAUCUGCAACACGUUCGAAGAGCUCGAGCACCCUGCUCUCACGUUGGCUCAGGAAGUUUUGUCGGUCCCGGUUUUUCUGAUCGGUCCAUUCCACAAAUGCUGCCUGACAUCUUCAUCGAGCAGCUUAACAGCAGAAGACAGAAGCUGCAUCUCCUGGCUAGACGGGCAGCCACUCAAGUCCGUGAUCUAUAUGAGCUUUGGGAGCGUGGCGGUCGUGAGCGAGGCAGAAAUCUCGGAGAUCGAGCUAGGCCUAGCCGACUCGGACCAGCCCUUCUUGUGAGUGGUCUGGCCAAGGUCGGUCCGCGAUCCGGAGUGGCUAGAGAAGUCAACGAGCCACUUCCUCGAGGCCCUAGAAGGGAGAGGGAAGAUGGUGAAAUGGGCACCUCAAAUGGAAGUGUUGGCUCAUCCUGCUGUGGGAGCAUUUUGGACACACGGGGGUUGGAACUCAACUGUGGAAAGCAUAAGUGAAGGAGUGCCGAUGUUGUGCAUGCCUCGUUUUGCCGAUCACGGAGUGAACGCAAGGUAUGUG